AUGACAUCCCUCGAGAAUGCCGGUAGCCACACCAAUGGCUUAAAUGGCGAUGCCAUUCCUGCCCCGAGCUCUUUCACCGCGCUUCGAUUCUCCGACAUUCCCGAUGCCAUUGAUAUCCCCGCCUCCAGCUUCGACAGUGAAGUCGAAGUCAGCCUCCUUGACCUCCCCGAGGAUCCUACCGAGCUCUGCACUCUGCUAGAGAAUGAGCGUGCAGCCAAAAACUUCUGGGUGAUUAUCGCGCUCGCCUAUGCAAAGCGAAAGCAAAUCGACCAUGCCAUCGAUAUCUUGAACAAGGGUCUGGCCUCCGUGGCUCACGGUGCCACCAAAGAAAAGCUCGGCCUUUUGGGCUGGGUCUGCUGGCUAUUCAUGCUUAAGAGCCGACAGGCUCCUCGUGUGGCACCUGAGGGUGAGCUCUAUUCAGAAGCUAAGACCAAGGACCACUAUCUCCAGCAAGCAACAGCAACCCUGAAUGAGGCAUCCCGCUUGAACCCGGCAUACCCACCUUUGUUCCUCGCCCGGGGUGUUCUAUGCCUUCUCCGUGCAUCUCUGUACCCGCCUCGUGCUGUUCGUCCUGGCGCCAUUGAUACUUCUGAGCGGGUGGAAGCCCUGCGCCAAGCUCUGAAAUGCUUCGACGACUCGUCCAAGGCUUUUGGCGGCCGCAAUAUUAUGGCUAUUUUGGGUCGUGCCCGAGCGCAUUACAUGCUGGGUCGAUACGCUGAAGCUCUUGAAGGUUACCAGAAGGUUCUGAUGAAGGUGCCAAAUCUCACUGAUCCAGACCCUCGCAUCGGUAUCGGGUGUUGUAUGUGGCAGCUAGGAUUCAAAGAUCAAGCCAAGGCCGCCUGGGAGAGAUCGCUGUCUUUGAACCCCGAAUCUAAGGUUGCGAAUAUCCUCCUAGCUAUUUACUACCUCUACGACAGCUCUCGCCGGUCGACUACCGAUCCGAUGUUCGGAUCUUUGUACAAGGUCGCCAUGACCCAAUACACCCAGAAGGCCUUCAAGCUUGACAAGGAAUACCCUAUGACCUGUGCCAUGUUCGGUGGUUACUUCCUCCUGCGCAAGCAAUACCCAACUGUGGAGACGCUAGCUCGCAAGGCUAUUGAACAGACUGAUGUCAUGCCCAUUGCCAGUGACGGCUGGUACCUCCUUGGGCGCAAAUCCCACUAUGAGAACGACAAUGCACGAGCCACUGAAUACUACAACCGUUCUGAUCAGGCCCGUGGUGGAGGUGAGAAGGGCUAUCUGCCGGCCAAGUUCGGUGCGGUGCAGAUGCAAGUCUCGAACAAGGACUUUGAUGGCGCCAAAUUCCGCCUGGAGAAGAUUAUCCAGCAGUCUAAAAACCCGGAGGCGAUGAUUCUCCUUGCAGCACUCCAUGCAGAAGAGGUCUUCGCUGUUCAAAAGCUCGGUAGCAAGGAGGACAAGUCAAAUGAAGCAAAGCGGGCGAUCAGCCUGUUGGAAUCAGUUCGAUCAAUGUGGAAGGAUGAGAAGCUGAAUAUGACUCCCGAUGAAUCCGUGCUGGUCUAUUUGUCCCGACUUUAUGAAAGCACGGUCCCCGAGAAGAGCAUGCAGUGUCUCGUUCAACUGGAGGGACUACAACUUGCUGCUAUUCCCGCUAGUGCUCGACCGGAAGGAAUUGAAGAUGAGGAAGAAAUCAAGAACGCUCUUCGUGAGCACCUCCCUCCCCAGUUGCUCAACAAUAUGGGUGCGUUCUUGUACCAGAACGAGAAAAUCGCGCUUGCUCGUGGAAUGUUCCAGUCAGCACUCAACGCCUGCGCUCAAUUACAAGAAAAAGAAGACAACAAGACCAACGUCGAUGCGCUCAUCACCACCAUCAGCUACAACUUGGGUCGCACUUACGAGGCAGCAGACAUGUGGGAUGAAGCCAAGACGGUCUACGAAGGUCUUCUAGAGCGACACAGCGAUUAUACAGAAGCCAGUGCUCGCUUGACCUACAUUAGCUUGCGUCAGAGUCCUACCGAUGAAGGACCUAAGAAGAUGGCCAAGUUGUAUGAGGCAGAGUCCACUAACUUGGAGGUUCGCUCACUCUUUGGCUGGUACCUCAGCAAAUCCAAGAAGCGGACGGCCAACCUCGCCGAAGAUCACGAGCAGCGUCACUACAAGCACACUCUGCAGUACCAUGACAAGCAUGACCGGUAUGCUCUGACUGGCAUGGGCAAUGUGCACCUCCUCUCAGCCCGUGAUAUGCGUCGUGAUACCGAAGCGGAGAAAGAAAAACGCCGCAAGGUUUACCAGCGUGCUGUUGAGUUCUUCGAUAAGGCCUUGCAGCUUGAUCCUAAGAACGCUUAUGCCGCUCAGGGUAUUGCCAUCGCUCUCGUCGACGACAAGAAAGACUACAGUGCUGCUGUGCAGAUUCUCUCCAGGGUUCGUGAGACCCUGAAGGACCCCAGUGUUUACCUCAACUUGGGACACGUCUACGCUGAGCUCCGACAGUACUCACGCUCAAUCGAGAACUACGAGAUUGCUCUGUCAAAGGAUCGCUCUCGCGAUGUGCAAAUUCUCGCAUGUCUCGGCCGAGUCUGGUGGUUGAAGGGCAAGCAGGAGAUGAACCUGGUUACCAUGAAGACCGCACUUGACUACGCUCAACGCGCCCAGGCUGUUUCUCCCGAUCAACUUCACCUCCAGUUCAACGUUGCCUUUGUACAGAACCAGAUUGCCCAAUUGGCGUACAGCCUACAAAACACCCAGAAGACUCUUCAGGAUGUGCAAGACGCAGCCGACGGUCUGAAAGAGGCUAUCGAGACCUUCGAGCGCCUUUCCAAGGAGAAGAGCCCACCAUACCCCAGCGCAGCCCUGGAACAGCGUGCGAACAUGGGUCGCACCAUUAGCAAGCAACUUGAUCGUGCGAUGCAAGCCCAGAAGGAAUACGAGGAGAACAACGCCUCGAAACUCCAGCAAGCACGUGAAGCCCGUGAAGCCGCUGCUAAAGAGCGCGAAGAGGAGCUCCGCAAAGCGCAAGAGGCUGAAAUUGAGCGUAAGCGGAGAAUCGCUGAGGAGCGACAACAGAUGGCGGAAGACACAGAGCGACAGGUUGCGCAGCGAAGGGAGCGAGAGCAAGAAGCGUAUGAACAAGCAGCGGCGUGGAACGAGGAGGUGGACCGCAAGAAGAGCGCUUCUAAGCGAAAGAAGAAUGGUGGAGAUGAUUUUAUUGCUGGGGAUGAGGAGGGUGAUCAGGAAGGUAGCGUUGAGCCUGAGAGUGAAGGCGAAAAUGCUGCGCCUAAGAAGCGUCGACGACUGGAGCGUCGCUCUGGUGCGAAGGCUCAGGCGAGCAAGGUUGCCAGCAAGACUUCCAGCAAGUUCAAGAGUAGUGAAAUGGUGGUUGACUCGGAUGAUGAGGGUGAAGAAGAGGCUGCCGCUACUCCAGGUGAUGAGGAUGAGGAGCUCUUUGGAGAUGAUAACGAUGAGCCAAUGCAAGAUGAGGAGGUCGCUGCCCCUCGUCGGAAUAAGUCCUCUCGCCGCAUCGUCGAUGAUGAUGAUGAGGACGAGGAAGAAGCAGUGGCUGUUCCAGAAAAUCCGGUGGAAGAUGAUGAUGAGGGAGAACUCUUCGGUGACUCCAAGCCCGCUGAAGCUGAAGAUGAGGAGAUGGAGGAUUGA